GUUCGGGGUUUCCUGGUGGGCGUCAGGGGCAAGCAACAGAGUGGCGGCCGCUACGGCCCUGGAACGGGGCCAUGGAGAAGCUGCGGCGAGUCCUGAGCGGCCAGGACGACGAGGAGCAGGGCCUGACCGCGCAGGUCCUGGAUGGCUCAUCCCUUAGUUUCAACACCAGAUUGAAAUGGUUUGCCAUCUGCUUCGUAUGUAGCAUUUUCUUUUCUAUUCUUGGAACUGGAUUACUGUGGCUUCCGGGCGGCAUAAAGCUUUCUGCAGUGUUUUAUACCUUCGGCAAUCUUGCUGCGUUAGCCAGUACAUGCUUUUUAAUGGGACCAGUGAAGCAACUGAAGAAAAUGUUUGAAACAACAAGAUUGCUUGCAACAAUUAUUAUGCUCUUGUGUUUCAUAUUUACCCUGUGUGCUGCUCUUUGGUGGCAUAAGAAGGGACUGGCUGUGUUAUUCUGCAUAUUGCAGUUCUUGUCAAUGACCUGGUAUAGCCUGUCGUACAUCCCAUAUGCAAGGGAUGCAGUUAUUAAAUGCUGUUCUUCUCUCCUAAGUUGA